AUGGAAAAACAAUUCCUCAGAAGGUGGUUUGGUAAGAAGAAGAAAAUGGAAACGGUGGAUAGCAUGGCGAAAAAAUGGAGGCACCUAAGUGGCCAAAAUAAGUGGGAGGGCUUGUUGGAUCCUCUAAACAUUGAUCUUCGGAGGUAUAUAAUUCACUAUGGCGAAAUGGCACAAUCUACAUAUGACACAUUCAAUACAGAGAAGGCCUCUAAAUUUGCUGGAGAUAGUCUGUAUGCAAAGAAAAAUUUCUUCUCCAAGGUGGGAUUAGAGAAGGGCAAUCCUUACAAGUACAACGUCACCAAAUUCUUGUAUGCAACAUCUCAGAUCCAAGUUCCCGAUGCAUUUAUCAUAAAGCCGUUAUCAAGGGAAGCUUGGAGCAAGGAAUCAAAUUGGAUGGGGUACGUUGCGGUGGCUACCGACGAAGGGAGGGCAGUGCUAGGGAGGAGGGAUAUUGUGAUUGCUUGGAGAGGAACAAUACGAACCUUGGAGUGGGUUAAUGAUUUUGAAUUUAAUUUAGUCUCUGCAGAUAAAAUUUUAGGUAAUGAUGAUAACGAUACCAAGGUGCAUCAAGGUUGGUACUCUAUCUACACCUCUGAUGAUCCACGUUUACCCUUCAGCAAGAGCAGUGCCAGAGACCAAGUACUUCAUGAAGUUUGCAGACUGGUGGAGCAGUUCAAGAAUGAGGAAAUUAGCAUAACCAUAACUGGCCACAGCUUAGGUGCAGCAUUAGCCACACUGAACGCAGUUGACAUAGUUGCCAAUGGGUUUAACAGGCCUAAAGGCCAGUCAAAUAAACCAUGUCUUGUCACAGCCAUUGUAUUUGCUAGUCCUCGCGUUGGUGACUCAAGAUUCAAGAAGGUGUUUUCUGGGUAUCAAGAUCUUCGAGCUUUACGUGUUAGUAAUAAUUUAGAUGUAGUUCCUAAAUAUCCACUUAUAGGCUACGCUGAUGUGGGAGAAGAGUUGGCAAUUGAUACUACAAGAUCAAAGUACUUAAAGAGUCCUGGAAAUUUGUCAAGUUGGCAUAAUUUGGAGGGUUAUCUGCACGGAGUGGCAGGAAUGCAAGGGAGUAAAGGGGGGUUUAAGUUGGAGGUCAAUCGUGAUAUUGCACUCGUUAACAAAUCAAUCGAUAGCUUAAAAGAUGAAUAUCUUGUACCAAGUUCAUGGAGGAUUCAAAAGAAUAAGGGCAUGGUUCAACAAUCAGAUGGCUCUUGGAAGUUGAUGGAUCAUGAGGAUGAUGAAGACUGAAGACAUAAACACUUAUUAAAUCUGGUUUUCUUCAUCAACUAAUUAAUUAGAUGUUUGGGAAAAAAAACUGGUUGAUAAAUUAACACUGGCCGUAGUAGUCAACCCGUUUGAAGUGUGAUAAGAUUUUUUUUUCUUUGCAGUUCAUGUAUUAUUGCGCUUGGAU